CCUUCGUUACAUGAUCUCGGAACAAAGGCAAAGGCCGUGAAUACGGAAAUGAACUGUUAGCGAUUUUUGACUCUAUCAGCCAAUACGUCAUGCAUCAGUUAGUGUCGUAGCAACCGCGAUAAGCAGGUGGUGAUGUAAUUACGGUCGAAUUUCAAGGGUUAUAUGAAAUCAGAGGAGUAAAUUAUCGUAACGCGGCGCAGGAGCAGGUAAAAUUGUAACUGUCGGUGUACAUUGAAUUCAGUAGUGCGACAAUGGCGGAGGGUCCGGAAUUAAGUUUUUUCGAUUUACGCACGGUACACGAUUAUUUCGACAAAGCUCUCAUGGAGAAUGACGAUAUCGAGUUGACAGCGUACUUAGAUGCUUACAAUGAAUUGUACAAGUUUUUUCAACUAAUGGGCAGUGUCUUCAGUUUUGUCUCUUCUGAUUUGAAGCAAAAGAUAGAUGUGUUGACUGAGUUGAGAAACAAAGACGAUCAGAAUUACACGACUAUCAAAUCUAUGAUCGAAUAUGAGAGAAAGAACAAACUGUUGGAGAAGCCUAACUUUGUCAACGGUGCACGUACUUUACUACGCCUACAUAGAGGUUUAGAUUUUAUUAGAGAAUUUUUGCGACAACUUGGUGAACUCACAGAUGGUGAUAAAACAUCUUCUUGUUGCCAAGAUGCCUACAACAAAACCUUAGCCAAACAUCACCCGUGGGUGAUCAGGAAAGCUGCGAUUGUUGCAAUGUACACUAUGCCUACGAGGGAGGCUUUAUUCAAAAAGGUCUGCGGUGAAAAUAUCCAACGAAACAUUGACGUGCUGCCGAAAAUGUUGGAAGUAACUGCUGACGUGUUUGACCGCACUGAUAACAUCUAUGAAACUUACCAAAUGCACGCACUACCAUAGGUGAUUCUAGAUUGUAAAGAUGAGAGACUUCAUUUUUCCAUCUUCUUGAAGCACGCGACAUUCCAUUUUUGUUAAAUAUUGUGAUAUUACCAUGUAGUGGUAUUACCAAUUAAUUAUCGUAUUUACGAUAUAAUAAAUAAGCAUACUCAUUCUCGAAGAAGAGUCAUACGUAGAGUCAUUUACACGCAACUGACAAUUACAAUUGUUAUAUAUACAAAAACGCGCGUACAAAGUAGUGGCACGGUCGUACAAUAAGUAAUAACACUUUUAUAUAUCAUCAUAUUUUGACGUUGGCACAAAUUUUAUCACACGUGAAAAUGAUGGUUUCGCUGGAUCAAGUUUUAAACAUCGUUUUCGGCCAAACGAUGAUUUUCGGUGAUGAUUCGUAUAUAUUAUUUACAUGAGCUAUUUUAAUGUUUCUAUAUAGCAGUAUUGUAUGAAAAACCUAUUAAUAAAAAAGAAUAUAAUAAAACUAA